AGCGAAUUAAGAGCGGUGAUUUGAAAGUUUUGUGCUCCGCCUUCGUUUGGCCUGGAUUUUUUUAUCUUGAAGAAUACCUUCUGCUGAAAAAAUAAAUAGGAUUGUGAGUUCGGCAUUGAAGGCAAAAAUGAAAAGAAAUCGUGGAUCAACAGAUAGUUUAAAGUUCAGGCGUAGAAGUGGACCCUGUUUCAGUCCGAAGGCGAAAUCGAAGGCUGACGCUAUCAUCAGCACUCGGGGAAAUGAGGAAAACGUCUCACCGGUUUUGCGGAGAUCACCGCGCCUAGCGGCCCGGCUGAAGUCAUCGCCUCUUACACCGGACGUGGCCGUUAGCAGCCCUCGCACUCGCAGCUCGACCUCGGCUAGCGCAGCAGGAUCAGGAGUGAUGGCGAAAUCUAUUUCCCCAUUCAUGCCUCUUGACAUGCUUGAACUGGAUGAUAACGUGCCAAAACAUGGAACUAAAGUAAUGAGAUCCUCAUCCAUUGCUUUGAGGAUUUCGAGAAUGAAUGAUGAUCCUGAUGAUAAUGAUAUGGAUAUGGAUCAUAAUGUAUUUGACACUUCACUGAGUCCCAUCAAAGUUUUGACUCCUUCGAGUUCGAGUCCGACAAUGCCAAGCCCAACCAAAAAGGCGACAAGCCCAGAGCCAAAGCCCAGCAUACCAAGUCAGAGUCCGAAAGAUAAUUCAAACAUGUCAAGCUUCAUGCAAGACUCUUCAAUGGCAUGCCCAGACACAACCUUUGUGGUUAAAUCCAAACGGAGGAAAAGGAAAAAGACGUAUUCAGAUGAUGAAGAUGAACUCUCUUUCUUUGAGUCAUUCAAAAGAAAGAAACGGAGAAAUACAUGUACCGGUGAAGAUGCUGAUACACUAAGCAUGAGAAGCUUUAGCCUGCGGAAACGCAGGAACACAGACUCGGAUAGUGAUACAGUCAGUCUCCGAAGUUUCAGUCUUCGGUCUUCUUUCCGCAUAAAACGGGAUUCCAAGCCUGACCUUGAUACCCUUAGUUUGCAAAGCUUCUCAAUGGGCAACAAACGGAACCGGUCCCUGGUCAGGGUCGGCUCUCUGGCCAAUAUCCUUUCACCUGUGUCAUCGGUCAAAAAAGUUGGACAGGCCAUCCAGCGCUCCAUGAGCUUAAAAGGUAGCCACGGAGGAGCGGUCAGUAUCAAACCAUACUGUAAGCCCCCAGCCACACCAACCAAACGACGGGACAGCAAACUCUGGUCAGAGACGGUCCAGGGCAAUAUCAAUGAGGCUCUCACCAAGAUUGAGAUCAAGAGACAAGAGGCCAUAUUUGAGCUGUUACAGGGUGAGGUGGACCUGGUGGACGAUCUCUACCUUGUAAUGAAGACAUACAGAGAUGCUAUGAGAUCCCUUCAGAUCCUUACUGAUCAAGAUCUUAACAUCAUCUUUGGUUCUCUUGAUGAACUACGCAUGAUACAUGAAGAGUUUAUGUGCGAUCUUCAAAAACAGAGGGGUAAGAAUGGUGCGACAGAAGAAGUUGGCCAGGUGUUGUUGAAGUGGUUGCCCAUGGUAACAGAAGUGUAUGUGACGUACUGUACAAACCAACUUGCAGCUAAAAACUUACUGGAUGAAAAGAAACAGGACUCCAAGGUAAAUGACUUUCUGGAGAGGUGCAUUGAAUCUCCAUUCAGCCGGAAAUUGGACCUUUGGAAUUUCCUUGAUGUCCCUCGCAGUCGACUUGUGAAAUACCCUCUCCUCUUUAAGAAUAUCCUCAAAGUUACACCCUCGGACCACAAGGACAAGAUCAAUAUCACUCAAGCGAUCAAACUGUGUAAGGAAAUCAUCACUGAGGUAGACAGGAGAACAGGAGAGACCAAAUGCAAGAACUACAUCGACAUGUUUGAUUAUUUGGACGAGAGACAACGAAACCACCUCAUCGCAUACCAGAAGGUCCUUCUCUGUGGGGGUGUCCUCAAGAGCAGCAAAGGAACGAAACUUCAUGUAUUCCUAUUCGAAGACAUCCUGGUGGUGACGAGACAAACCACGAGAAACAACCGUAAGUGUUACCAGGUGUACAGGCAGCCUAUCCCCGUCAGGACCAUGGCGCUGGAGGACAUACCAGAGGGAGAGGUCAAGAGGUCAGGUUCCUUUAGGGGAGCACUAUCACAUGGGCCUUCAGUGAAGUGUGGUUUCAAGGUUCGUUCAACAGACCCCAACCUCUCUCAGUCCUUCACGCUGCAUUCGAGUGAUGAACAUGACAAGAAACAAUGGCUUCAACUCUUCAGAAGUGCCAUCAGGAGAGCGAGACAGGAUGAGACGUGUGUCUGAGCCACGCCCACCCCACCCCCUUCCAGCAGCUUUAAACCCCCAAUCCUGCUGUAGAGAUGACCUUUGAUCGGUCCUGCUUGCACUCUUCACCGUGCUAUCACCUAUGAGAGACAUUGCCAUCGCGCGAUCUAUGAUAAAAGAGAGCAAUGAGCUUAGUGAUAUGAUUCAAAAGACAAUGACCAUACCUCUACAAAUAUCUGGACUGAGGACAUUAAGCAAUGGUCGCAAGAGAGAAAUCAAGCAACGGGGAUAAAGCCAUCUUUGCCUCCUUUCCACAACAUCUUGCCAUUCUCAGAGAGAGGGAGAGAGAGAGAAAGAGGAGAGCCGGCCGGCGGAGUGAGCGAUAACCGAGUAGCGAAACCAUGCGGGAAGAGCGUGAUUUGUCGCACCACCAUGUGACACCCUUGGGACCUCAAAAGGUUGUGACUUGUGGCACGAGCCGGCUUCCACUCCAUUAUUCUAGUCACUACCCUUGCCACAUUCCAUUCUAGAGCAAACAGCAUCUGAACCCUAGACAUCCUUUACUCGCAUUGCCCUGUGUAGAGGAGCACCCAACAAAUUAUCUGAUAUUCAUUUAGUGUUUAAAUUUGUGUCAGUGUUCAUCUGUAUGUACCACGUAAGUACUCGAGUCACACCUGUAUUUUGCUUGUGCACAGACAUACCGAGGUCCAAAAUAUGCCUGACUGCAACACACAAUCUCUGAUGACAAGUAUUCCAUUCAUUAAUGGGCAGGAAUUUGUGAAAAACACUUCAUGUAUUACCUACAAAUAGAAACUCUCCUCUUUAUGGCUCAUUGUUCAAUGACAACACUGUUUUGCACACAGGUAUCUCUCUGAGAUUGAGUACUGCCAUAUUCUUUGUCUGCAGUAUUUCAGGACUUGUUUUGUAUGAGUAGCAUAUAGGCAUAAUCUUAUAUGAAUAUAUUUUGUACAAUGCUGAAUACUCAUGCCUAAUCAGGAAUUUCCUUACCUUUUUUUACAUGUAAGUUAAAAGAUUUUAUACUAAUGCAAUGCAAUGUAUUCAGAGGCAGUUAGAGAUUCUGUCGUGGUCAAGUUGAAGAAAAAAAAAGGAAAUUGAUAAAAAAAAUAUUUACAUAUAAAUAAUGCACAUUUGAAGCAAUGAAUUGAUAGAUGAAAUAGCUCUUUUCUCACAUUCCUCUUGAUACGCUCAUAUUGAUAAAAGUCAAAAGUACAGAUAAUAUUUUUGCUCUUUUAUGUCAUUUAUUAAACAUAUUGAUUCUUGUAAAUGAUGAGAAAUGUAUGCCCAUGAACAGGAACUCCAUAUCAAGGCAUGUAUAAAUACAUGUAUAUACAUUCAGUGUUUUUCUUGUUGUAUUUGUUGAAAUGCAGGAAAUUAUGCUGGUUAAAACUUAUCUUUAAAAAGAGUAUGCAGAAAUGUAAUAACUGACUGGACAUAUAUGAAUAUAUCAUGUUUUGGUCAUGCCCCUUUCUCAUUUUCACUUUAUUAAACCAUCUUUAAUAGCAAAUAGAUAGAUAGUACUUGAUUUGACAACGUCUCCCAAGAUAUUCAUGUUUUUGCUCUUCAUACAUUUUCUGAGGCAUGAUAUACAUAGCACUUCUUUUAAAAUAUUCUUUUAUUUCAUGAAAAUUAUGCUAUCAAAUUCAUACUUUCCAUAAAAAUAGAUACUGCUUUUAUGCCAUAAACAACCUCCCCCCCCCCCAAAAAAAAAAUACAAUGGAUACAACUCAAGAUAUUCUGUGUCAGUUGCUAUUCUAUAAAAUAUCUGUUCUUCAGAAAUGGACUGUGUAACUUGUAAAUCCUUAUGAGAGAAGAAUUAUACACAUAUUUGUGUGUAUUUUUGUCAGUCUCUUGGGAUUCAUUGUUAUACCUGACAAGUAAAUUAAGCAUUUAUGAAGUAAUUAUUGUACAGUUUUUCCUUCAUCCAACCAAUGAAAAAAAAAGAAAAAUAGCAAAUGAUGACCAGUAUCUUGCCAUUAUACACUUCCAAAUGCAGUGUUAAUAUCUUACAUGGACCUGAAAUAGUCCAAGUCAAUGUUUUUCUUUUAAGAAUUAUAAUGUAUAUGUAUUUUCUGUAAAUUUCAACACAUGAUUAGGUAAACUAUAUUUUUUUCAAUUUUCACUUUUUUAACUAAGACAUUUCUUCUCAACCUUUUCUUGCACAUACACUAUUUGAAACAUAAAUAACAUUUUUUGUCAUUAAUUUUAAGUAAUUGAUGCUAUUUUUUCUCUUAAUCUCUCACUCUCUUUUUCUCGCUUUCUUUCCUAUAUCCAUUAUCCCCUCACUGCGUCUGUCACAUGUUCUCUAUACCUGUUAUAUGUUCAACCAGUGGAUUAACUGAAUGACGUUCAUGGUGAAUGAACCAGACUCUCUACUGUUUACACAGCUUGCCUUAUUAAACUCUGAAUAAUUAAUUUUCCAACACAUUCCAUGUUCACCAACUCAACCAAAGCCAUCAAUAAAAUAUUCCAUUUGUUAUAUCUUAUAUGAGUACAGCACCCACUGGUACAUUAAGGGGGCGGGAAGCCCCUAGCAGUGAUGUCUCAAUUUAAACAACUCAGUAUUUUAUGUUUCAGAAGUUUAUUUGUCAAGGAAAUGAUCUAGAUUUUUUUAUACGUUAUUGUGAAGGAGAAAAGAUUGUAUUGAAUAAAGAAAGGGCUUCAUUGUGCAAA